AUGGAGGUGGCCAUGGAGGACCUGGCCGCUUACACCUGGCACUGGCGCGAGCUGUUGCCGACUGCCAAGCAAGAGCUGCAGGUGUGCCGCCAGGUCUGGGUGUGGAUCGUGGUAUACUUUGUGGUCAUGGAGUACUGCUGCUCGAUCUUCUUCCGGAACCUGGGCUUUCAGCGCUACCGCGGCCUGGAGGUGUAUGCCGAACAGGUAGCUCCCCACUACGCCUCUGCCCUGGUGGAGCAUGGGAAGGUGCAGCUGGUGAAUGGAAGCCAGGCCUUGCCGCUUGCAGAGGUCUUGAAGGACACGGCCUAUUCCCACGGCUGGAACGUGUCAGUGCCAAUCGAGGCGCCGCGCACGAACCUGUCCGCCUUGGGAGGAAUGCCGUUCAACUUGAGAGAUUGGUCGCAGGAGAACCUGCCGGACUACUCGCAGAAUGACAUCAUAGCAGUGCUGAGUGACGUCGUCGCAGGCAGUGCCAUCGUCAUCUUCCUGCUUGUUUGCGUGCUGCCUUUGGUCAUCUCCUUUCAUGGGAAGAAGCGCCCGUACAUCGCAGCGAUGGCUUUGCGCACGGUACGCGCUCUUUUUCUCGUCCAUUUUCUCCGAGUGCCAACGUACCUGGCUACCACCAUACCAGGUGCUGCUCCACACUGUCAGAGCGUGCGCUGGAGUGGUGGCCAAGACCGUGGUGGCUGGGAGGAGAAUCAAAGACACCUGCAGACGGUGUGGGACUUAUUGGUGGAUACGUACAACUGGACACAUGACUCCAACUGCGGAGAUCUGAUUUUCAGUGGUCACGCAGUGACGACAGCCACUCUCCUGGUGGCUUCGUGUCACUAUGCUGGACAGAUGCUUCCUGCAAGAAUGUCCAAGGUAGUGAAUUGGGCAGCGCUGAUAACGCUGCUCUUGCAAGUAUUCCUCAUUGUCACUGUGCACAACCACUACACGGUGGAUGUGCUCAUCGCCUCGUACUUGGCCCCUUUGAACUUCUGGUCUCUGCGCCGGUUUCUGAAACACGGCCGCAUGCACUUGUUCCGCAUGAGGCUCUACUUGCUGCCAGAGGAGGUAGGUGCAGAGGCACUGGCAAAUUGCCCGCAAGCUCUGGACUUCCUCGACAUCUCCGUUCGCUUUGACCCGGAGUUGAUCAAGGCCUAUCAGCCCAAGCCCAAAGCCCCGCAGCCGCCGCUCAAGGCGGGCGCUGCUGCUGGAGGCGCGGCGCCGAGGCAGGUGCCGCAAGUGCCGCCCCCUGCCCACCCACCGGGCGGUCCAGGCCGCCCAUGCCUCGUGCAGAGCUUUCCGCACUGGGCGCUCUCCCUGUGUCUGCUGGCUCGAGGGCAACGGAUGUGCAUGAGGGCGCUGGGCAGCCCCUGGGAGGUCCUGGGCGUCCAGCCGGGGGCUUCUUCGGUGGAGGUGAAGCGCGCCUACCGGCGGAAGGCCUUGAAGGAACAUCCUGAUGUCAGCAAGCGGCCAGAUGCCAAACAGCGCUGGCAAGAGCUGUCUGCAGCCUACGAUGUCCUCAAUGAUCCAGAGAAGUUGAAAGCUUGGGAGCGGGCUAAAAGCGGCGCCGGCAGUGGGCGCUCGUCUGGCUCAGGUGCAACCGGAGCUCCAAGAAGCUAUAACGGGCGAUGGAGAAGGACGCAGGAGAUGGAGGAGCAGUAUGAUGCAGGAGGUGACUCCUUCAGCGCAAUCUUCAGCGAUCUCUUCCAGAGCUUGGAAGAAUCCGCCUCCGAGACGCGAGCCGGCCGAGCAAGGCGAGCAGGAGGUAUGCUGCUUGAGGAUCUUCUGGAGUUCCUUGAGAAAGGCCUUGGGGAAGACGUGAAUGUUCGAGGAGCAAGCCCGUUCACGGACAGCAACCCGGAGGUGGAGUUGCAAGAAACGCAGCUAGAGCUCAAAACCAUGCAAAGCCGUGAUGAGGUGCUCCGCUAUGAGGCGGACGCCUGGGAAAGAAAGAGCGAGCUCUGUCGCGACAGCGGAGACAAAGCCGGUGAGUUGGAUGCCAUGCAGCGCUUGUUCGACACCAGAGAGCGACGGAAGACCAUCCGUCGCCGGCUGCUCAGCUUGACUGAGCGGGUGGAGUACCUGCAGAAGGUCCUCUUCGAGUACAAGCGAAAGCAGGAGGCCAAGGGUAGCUCCAGCAGCAGAGCACCUGGCGCUGGCGCUGGACCCUCUCGAGCGGCUCGAGUGUCCACCCCCAGCUUCGAUGCAGAGAUAGCUCUUAAAGAGCUGAAAAAGCAGAAGGGCAAGCUGUAG